AUCUAGCCUGUAAACUCAAGUGGCUAAGGGAAUUUCCACUUGCUUUGUCAUGCAGAAAGGGCGCAGGAACUUUUACUAGAGGAAAAAGUUGGCAACCCUCCCUGCUGGUGGGAAGAAACCGGUACUUCUGGGUUGCUUGAGAAAGAGAACACUUGGGAUCAGGAGGGAAAGGUGGCGAGAUUUUGUUGUCCGGGGAGUCCUUAAUCCCCUGAAAGGCAAGUAUGGAUCUGCACAGGGGUUAGGGCCUUACUUUGCAGAAGGGAGUGGAAUCUAGUGGUUAGAUCAGCCCCUGGGUUCUGCAGCACGGGGGGGGGGCAGGAAGGGGUUGCUUUUGGGAAAUGGGGACGUGAGCUUCCUCAUGUUGAAAGGUUGGCUCCUACCUCGAGUCAUUUCCUAAUUGUGUAAUUGACUUGCUCACAGCCUUUAUGUAUGAAAUCAUUGCCCUCCCCAGGAAUAGGUGCCGGGGAGUAAGCCUACAUGGAUUUGCCUGAGGCCUGCCCCUUUUCCUGCACUGUCCCUGACUGACUGCCUGCCUCCUGCCUGCUCCUUUUUAUCUUCUCUUUUCUCCUUCCUGGUAAUCUACCCUCCCCUUCUCUGUAAUUCCACCCGCCCCAGAAGCAGACGGGGCGGUGACCUUAAUGCACAGAUAUAUAUAUCCACCUAAAAGGAGCCAAGAUGCUUUUCCACCAUCAUCUGUGUCACCUUGCCCAGGAGGCGGACGGAGAGAGGAGCACACUUGACAGCAUACUAUGGCUUCUGUUUGGGUACCAGCGACCUUCACUGCGGUGGUCCUUUUGCUUUCUGGGGGAUGCUAUGCCAGUUCUUCAGGUUCCUGGUGCUACGACAGCCUAAUAUGUGGACCUGACACGUGGUCAUCCCAAGGUCAUUGCAAUGGCAAGAGGCAAUCUCCCAUCGAUAUUGUCACCAGCAGUGUCAGGCAUAACCCCAAACUGGGUGCAGUGACUCUCUCCGGCUACAACGACACCAAAAAACUGCUGGAAAUGAAGAACACCGGGAAAACAGUUGACAUAGAACUGGGCGAAGGUCUCCAGCUGAGUGGCCCUGGGCUUCCAGCUACAUACACAGCCAAGGCCUUUCACCUCCACUGGGGAGAUGGAGUCCAUAAACCCGGAUCAGAGCACUACAUAAACGGCGAACGGUACUCUAUGGAGUUACACAUCGUGCACACCAAAAACAACACGAGUCUCUCGGAAGCCUUGAAGGACCCACAGGGCAUUGCUGUGCUAGCAUUCUUUGUCCAGGGCUAUGAGAAGGCACAGGGCAAGACAGCUGAAGCAUGGGAAUCGUUUAAAAAGAAGCUGAAGGAAGUUGAGGAAAAGGGUGAAGAGACAAAAUUCGAUGGCAGCUUCUCUCUCCAGGACUUGCUGGGCCGCCCAGAGCUUGACCGCUAUUACCGCUACCCUGGGUCCCUCACCACCCCCGGGUGUGACGAGGUUGUGCUGUGGACCAUCUUUGCCGACCCCAUUCUGGUGUCGGAAGACGUGGUGCAUGCUUUUCCGAAUGAGCUUCAUUCAACGGACUCCUCCACCGGGCCCCAUAUUGAGAACAACUACCGCCCUCUGCAGAACAUUGGGGACCGGAAAGUGGAAUCGUCUGCUGCUUUGAAGCACAAAUCCGCUGCCUCAAUAGCCUCUCCGCCAGUAGGGCUCCUCCUCUUCAUUUCUGUGGCUACUCUUGCAUCCUUCUUACCUGCAUAAAGGCUGGAGUUGGGUGGGUGGAUGUAGGAACCACAUGGAGGAAGAGUCAACAUGAUCUCCAGAGAGGCCAAAGCUAGGCCACAACUCUUUCUGUCCCCCUCAAAAACUCCAGUUAACCUCCAUCUACCUCUCAACCAGCUCAUCCAGUACCAGAAGCACUGGCAAAGGACACUAAAAAGGCAGGAGGUGCACAUUUCAGUGAGGAGAGGAGCACAGAGAAGGAGAUCAAGAGGAGCUAGGAUGCCCAGUGCUGGGGAAGGAGUGUGGUCCAGUCCACUACAGCUAGAGCUGAAACUUUCCAUUCAAAAGAGCUCGUUGUUGACAUUUCCCAAUCUUAUAUUGUGGCUUUGUUUCUCGGUGAUAUUUGAGUUUCCAGAUCAACGUUUGGGCUUAAGUGGAAUAGAACUAUCAUCAACGUUUGAGCAAUGAUGCACAUUUUGAUACGCUGCAUACCAAAACCUCAGAUGUCGACAAAAGCAAUGGGGGUGGGU